AUGGAUGAAGACUUAUUUGAUGAAUUUGGGAACUUGGUAGGUCAGGAUCCUUUUGAUUCCGAUGCAGAAGACGAAAUCUCAUUAGAUGAGCAUCAAGAAACAAAUUUAGCUCUUAGAGAUGGAAAUGUUGAUGGGAGUGAGAAUGAAGACACAACUGAAUUUCCUACAAAAUUAACAAGAAGCACACUACAGGAAACGUAUGGAAACGACGUAGAAAUCUUAGUUGAAACCGAGAAUACUCAAUCGCUCUCUGAGCCUAUAGUCAAACCAGAAGUGUCUCGUUCCGAUGGACGUGAACAUACUAUAUUCACUAAAUUGCGUAAAAAUAUUCCUAAGACAAAUUUCGAUCGUGAAUAUUUAAAUGGAAUGCUCCAAAUACCCGAAAGAAUAAGAAAUGUCUGCGUUAUUGGACCUUUACAUUCGGGGAAAACCUCCUUGACAGAUUUAUUGGUGGUGGAAUCGCAUAAGUGCUUACCACACAUGACUAAAAACAUCGAAUUAGGGUGGAAACAAUUGAGAUACACAGAUAAUUUAAAGCAAGAACAAGAGCGUGGUGUUUCCAUAAAAUUAAAUGGUAUUACUUUCCUUUCUACUGAUUUAGAUUCGAAGACUGUCGCAUUGAAUCUACUAGAUUCUCCCGGUCACGUCAAUUUCCUUGACGAGACAGCGGUGUGUAUUACCGCAACAGAUUGUGCUGUUAUAUGUGUUGAUGUGGUUGAAGGCGUCACAUCUGUCACAGAGCAACUAAUUAAACAAUGUCGAAAAAAUAAGCUGCAAAUGGUUUUUGUCCUUAACAAAAUAGAUAGAUUGAUAUUAGAAUUGAAAUUACCACCAAAGGAUGCAUACCUCAAAUUAAACCAUAUCGUCAAAGAGAUAAACGAUUUUGCAAAAGAAUCCUAUUCACCUGAAUUAGGCAAUAUUAUCUUUGCAUCUACUAAAUUAGGUUUUACCUUUACCAUUGAGGAGUUUGUUAAAUACUAUUAUUCAAAAAAUCUACCGAGCGAUCAUGUAGCUGAGUUUAUUGCAAGAUUAUGGGGGAAUAUACAUUUCCAUAAAGGUAAAUUUUCAACUUGUGUUGGAACAGAAACUCCCACGUUUGUGGAAUUCAUUUUGAACCCACUUUACAAACUAUUCACACAUACUUUAUCAGGUGAAUUGAGUCAAUUAAAAGCUUUGCUUUUGAAAGAUUUUCAAUUCGAAUUAGAAGAGAAAUAUUUCAAAUAUGAUCCUCAACCUUUGCUUAAAUAUGUCCUCAGCAAUGUGUUUAAAACACAAAAUGGACUGGUGCAGUCCAUUAUGAGAGAUGGGCAAUCACCUCAACAUUGUUUUCAUAAAUUAGAUCAUUUACUUACGAAAGAAAAGGAUAUGGAUAUGAAAUCCACACAAUUCUUUGGGCACGCUCUGAAGAACAUCGAUUACGACGGGUCAGAAUGGACAUUAAUUCGUUCCUAUCAUGGCGACUUAAAGCUAGGAAUGUCAAUCAAAGUGAUAGAUUCUGAACUGAGUGAAAUCGCUGGUGGAGAAGAGAACGACCUUGAGGAAUCAGAAUAUGCAUCAAGUGUCAUCACAGAGAUCGCCCUUUUAGGAGGGAGAUACUUAUAUCCCGUGCAAGAAGCCCAUAAAGGUCAACUAGUACUUGUAAAGGGAAUUUCUGAAGCUUUUACAAAAUCAGCUACCUUAUAUGGUGCAGAUGACAAAUUUUUAAACUUAUUCAAGCCAUUGGAUUACAUAAACUCUCCAAUCUUUAAGGUUGUCAUUCAACCUUUAGUUCCAAGAGAGCUUCCAAAACUACUAGACGGGCUAAAUAAGAUAAAUAAAUACUACCCAGGUGUAACAAUCAAAGUAGAAGAGUCUGGUGAGCAUGUUGUACUUGGUCUUGGUGAAUUAUAUCUUGAUUGCCUAUUAUACGAUUUGAGAGAAGUUUACAGCCAAAUGGAAAUUAAGAUAUCUAAUCCUCUGACGAUAUUUAAAGAAAGCUGCGCUAAUGAAUCAUUUGCAGCCAUACCGGUACUUUCAUGGAAUGACAAAGUGUCUAUUAGCAUGGGAGCAAUGCCUCUUGACCAUAAAUUGGUUACAGCUUUAUCGAAAGGUAAGAUUAGCGAUGAUGAAUUUAAUAAUCCAAGAAAACUAUCAAAGAGGUUAAGAUCAGAAUAUGGAUGGGAUUCACUAGCGGCAAGAAACGUAUGGACGUUCCAAAAGUCGAAUGUCUUAGUAGAUGAUACUUUGUCGGCUGAAACAAGUAAAGCGGUAGUGGAUAAAUAUAAGAAACAGAUUAAGCAAGGGUUUUAUUGGGCAAUCCGAGAAGGACCAUUAACAGAGGAGAAUAUUAGCGGAGUACAGUUCAAAUUAUUGAAUUUAACUAUUGACUCAACUGUGGAGGGGGAUAUAGGUAGUCAAUUAAUCCCAUUAGUACGGAAGGCGUGUUAUGUUGCAUUGAUGACUGCAGCUCCUAUCCUGUUGGAGCCAAUCUAUGAAGUCGAUAUUGUGAUAGACGCUGUCUUAUUACCAAUAGUUGAUGAGCUCUUCCAAAAAAGACGGGGUGCUAAAAUUUUUAGAACAGAAAAGAUUGUUGGUUCUCCAUUAGUAGAAGUCAGAGGUCAGAUUCCUGUGAUCGAAUCACUUGGGUUUGAGAUAGAUCUCAGAUUAACAACAAAUGGACGAGGAAUGUGUCAAUUACAAUUCUGGAAUAAGAUUUGGAGAAAAGUUCCUGGUGAUGUUUUGAAUGAAGAGGCACCAAUACCCAAAUUGAAACCAGCACCAAUUUCUAGUCUAAGUCGUGAUUUUGUUAUGAAAACCAGACGUCGGAAGGGUAUCUCCAACGAAGGAUUCAUGUCAAAUGAUGGGCCAUCUUUAGAGAAAUACAUAGAACCUUCUCUAUUCAAGCAAUUGAAGGACAAUAACUUAGUAUAG